AUGCACAGGCUCGUUCCGGUCGGCAUCUUCGCGGUUGCAUGUGAGGCAACCGCACCAGGGCAGGGUGUCAAUGAUGCCCACCAAAGCAAAACAGAGGGCAUGUCCUGCAGCGAUUCUGGCUCUCACAAGUGGUUCCUGGAAGGGUCAGCAAGACAAGACUUGAUCGGCAUGGCCUGGGAGGAAGCACAGCUCGGCAAGACUUUCGGCCCCAGCGGGAAGCUGCACAAGCAGGCUCAAGUGCUGGAGCUCGCGACGGAGUGUGGCCGCGAGCCCGCCCAGAUCGUCGAGCAGGUUUUUGGCAUCUACCAGCACUUGGCAGUUUCGGAUGGCAGCCCUGCGGAACUCAUGAAGGCGUUCCAGCAGGUUUUGGAUCAUCUGGGUGACCUUGCGGAAGUCUUGGAGGACAACACGGGGCCCGAGACCGACCAAAUGCUCCGGGACAUUUGCAACCUCUUGCGCUGGGAUUUCUCGAAGAAGGUACUGCGCCUGAAGCCCAAGGUGGAUGCAAGUCAGGCGAAGGCCCGGCUGAGAGGCUUCUGGGAGGACCAAUGCCGCUUGGCCGAGGAUGCGGACUGGCAGCCGGACUCCGAGGUGCGCCUGGAAGAGCGGCUCGCCGGCUUCGUGGCCGGCCCAGAGCCGCAGGACGAUCUGGACAAGGUGAUGCAGCUGGUCUGCAGCUUCGAGACUGCUUCGGAUGAUGAGAAGGUGGCCUUCUUCCUGCUCCACUUCAAACAGGAGCUCUUUGCGCUUGUGCAGCAGAAGGCCAACCACUUCAUCGAAGAGGAGAUGGAGAACAUGGAGGAGAUAUACGGCCUCUUCGAGGUGCAGGCGCAGUACUACAAAGUGCUGCUCUGGACUGCCUCCCUCGUGGCGCAGUGUUACCAGAAGUCCCGCCCCGAAGCCCGAGCCUUCCUCUUCGGCCACGAUUGGGAUGAGAUGCCCAUCGAGAAACUCAGGGCAAAGAAGAGCCAGCUGUUAAAGUCCUUCCACACCGACAAGACAAAGACCUUAGCUUGGCGAGUCCACAGCAUCAAGAACGCUCAGGGAGACGUGGAGGAGCGGGUGCAGGCAGACCUGGAGAAGUUCACCGCCGCGACAGCCCUUGUGAGUCAGGUGGGCAAGGACAUUGAGCAGGAAAGGGAAAAGUUGAUGGACCUUCGCAAGCGAAUGCAGAAAUUGGAGGGGGAGGCUAAAGUGUGGAUGCGCCGUGCUGAGGACAACGCAGAGCUGGCCAAGAAGGAUGCUUCCAGCCUGCACCAGGACAAGCAGCAAGAUGCCGCCAAGCGUGCCCGUGAACUUUGGGACGACUUGAUGCGCCUCUUGGAUCGCGAGGAUGAGCCCGACGAGCCAAGACGAAUCCGAGUGCGUCUGUGCAUCGCCGAGGCAUGUGUUCUGGAGAGCUUGCCAGCGAACAUUGCGCAGCUUUAUGUGAUCGGAGCGAAGCACUUGUGGCAUCGAACGUGGCCCCUAGAUCAACAGAAACAGCAGGAGCACAAUGUGCUGUUGAAGGCCAUCCUGGAGGUCGAGCAGAAAGUGCACGCACCUGGAGCUUGUGCUGCAGUGCGGACGGGCAAGGCUGAAGCUGGCCAUGUGGCCAAUACGGACGUACUGGCUUUGCUUCCAACGGCAUGCAGAGGUCAGCGUCUUCGGAGCGACCUCCAGGUUUCCACAAGAGCUGAUUUAGACAAAGUGUUCCAGUCGACAAGGCAGUUUGACAUGGACGCGUACCAGCUGAUGGUGCCCACCCUGGAAGUCGCCCGUUGUGACAGCAGCUCGCCAAUGUGCCGCACGUUGAAGUUCUCACAGACAGCUUGUCAAGUGCUUGGAGGGACCGGAUUGGCAUCAGGUGUAGCACUUUUCGCCACGGGAUACUUGAUUGGUUGUCUAGCCACGGGAGGUGCCGGAAUCUUGCUUUUGGCCAUUGGUGGUGUGGCAGGGCUGGAAGCCGGUCGGCAGGCAUCUGCUCGUGGGAGCUUCCUGAAGCAUUUACACCACAUCGUCCGGGAAAGCCACAAAGCACUGCAAACCAAGGGUGCGGAAGCCUUCCUGGAGACGCUCUGCAUGCCGUUGCCAAACUCGAGGGAGCUCGGAGGGGCUGCUGGAAAGCAAGUCUUGAACUACCCGCACACCCUGGAAGAGCCUCUGAAAGACCUGGAGGGCAGCGUCAAGUUCCUUCUAGAAUGGUCAGUCUGCCCGGUGUUCAUUGGACAGCUGCUGUUGCAGGUUGCAGAGAUCUUCGCUUCCAGACGCAUCAAGAAGAUGAAGGUCGCCAAUGGUGAGGCCCAGGUCCCCAUGUACAACCGGCUCAAGAUUCAGGCAGAGAAUAUCCUGAACUACUUGGAGAAAAGUGUGUCUGAGGGAAACGAAGACCAUGGGGACCUGUACAAGGCGGCACUUGAUCUGGAUGCGAAAAGAACUGAAGAUACCCUGAUCCCAAAGAAAGCACGUUUUGAGAAGAAAGAAGAUGGCAGCCUUCUUGAAGAAUUCUUUGCAUGGUCCAGAGCCAGCCAGGCAUGGUACCUCAAGAAGCAGCUGCCUGAACGAAUCUGUGCCACCGCAUCGCACAGCGGCAUGACUGUGCAGAAGGCCACGCUUUACAAGAAGGACGGCAGUGCACUCGAACGUAGAAAGGAGUUGAAAGACUUGCAAUGCCUGACCAAGCUUUUUGUGGACGACGUGUGCACCAUUGAGCUUGAGCUGUCCCGAUCCAUGUGGACAUCCUUCAACGACCUUGCAUCUUUCUUCGUGAAGGAUCUGCCUGCCAAGGAUGGACACCGGGCUCAGUUGUUCCAGUUGUUGCAGAUUACUCGAAUCAACAUGGCAAUGCUGCUGCUGCUGAACCAGGAGGCAACGCAAGAAGAGGAUGGAAACAUCAAGAAGGCAGAGUUGAUUCUGCAGAAGGUUCUUAAAUCUGUGCAAGCCUCUACCUCCUCCUACGAUCUGGAGAUUCGCGUGAAAGCUGUGCAAGACUUCUUCCAGGUCUUUGCCGGCCGUGAACUGAAGAUGCUUGACGACGGUGAGGUGUGCCCAGCGGAGAUCGUCAGGUAUGAGCAGUGGAGCCAACGGCUGGCUUGCAUCGUCGAGUUCCCGGGGUUUUCAGCUGGGCCGACAACACUGCCCGACAAGUUCAAGAGCCUGACAACAGCGUUUCUAGCCUCACUUGCACACCAGAAGUCCAAGACCAGUCCUGCGACGAAGGAGGUCCAGGAGGAGGCUCAGGAGAUUCUGGCUCGCAUGAAGUCCCUCGACAGCACCGACUGCGACGAUGCCUUGCGGUGGCUGGCUAAAGAGUGUGGCGGCGUCAAGCAGGUGUUUGUGUGCAAGCCGCCUGGCUUCAUGGCGAGUUGCUGCGGUGGCGUCGGUGGUGAUCGAUUUGGGCAGCCUGCAGAGAAACGUGCGGUUCUUCCCAAUCCUUCAGAGGACGGCUUCGAGGUCUUGCUCGCGGAGGAGAACGACAAAUGGUGCAGCCUACAGCUUUUUGAGCCUGGAGAUUUCCAUUUAGCUGCCAGAGAGUUGGCCUGUGACCUCCGGAUUCGUCCGAGCACGAUUGCUUGGGAUGGCAAAGGCGGCAAGGUCAUGAAGGCUUUGGAAGAGCUUGCAAAAGCUUUCGAGCAGGAGCGCAAGGAGGGAGGUGAUCGCAAGGUGAGCUUUGCCACAGAGCUACUGCGGAUCCACACCUCUGCCAGCUUGCCUGGGGAUUGUCGCCAAGCCAAGAUUCUGAUGACUUGCCUUCGCCUGCUGUCAGAGGAAAGUCUGCAUGCUACCAUUACUGACGACAUCCUCAACGAGACGCAGCGCUUCCUUUGGUUUCCUUCUGUCUUCUCCAAGAUCUACUUGACCAAGGCACAUUCCUUGUUGAGCCAAGGAUUGGUUCACUGGUCGAAGAAGUGUGCCGAUGAGGUGGGGAACACGCCGGAGUUUGUGGAGAGUUGCGGUGAGGAGAAGGAGUGGCUGCAGCGCUUGCAAGAGGGUCAGCGCAUUGCGAUGCAGCAUUGCGAGACUCCGGCUAGCUAUAAGGCGGAGCAGCCGAAAUGGGGGCAGCAAAGCAGCAUGGGCUUCCGCUGCAAGAAGGGGAAAGCGUUGUACAAAUUCAUGCCGCUGGAAGUCGGGAAGGCUUCGAGAUCUCCGGAUCCCUACAACAUCUUGAGCGUGGAUGGACGAGGCAUCCAGGACGUCAUGCCGGCUGUCCUUCUCAGUGAGCUGGAGCUUCGCUUGCACAAGCCCCUGCACCAGGUCUUCCACCUGAUGGCAGGGACUUCCACAGGAUCGCUGAUAGUUGGUGGCCUGGCUACACCAACGGCGGAGCGGAAGCCCCGCUACAGCGCAUGUGACAUCGUGGAGCUGUACGUGUUUCACGGCAAGCAGGUGGUCCCCCAGGUUGUUCCACAGCUCCUCAAGGACAGGACAAGUUGGGCGGCAGGGAAACCCAUCUACUUCAGUCAGACCUUGGGCAACAUCAUGGUGCAGUCUCGCAGGGCAGAUAGACCGGAGCCAUGGGUCACGAAUGAAGCCCGUCGCAGCGAUGGGGGCUACAGGGGCGAUCUCGAGCUGUUCGAUGUUCUCAGGAGCUCUGCUGCCGAUCAGAACUCUCCCUAUGCCCUCGAUGGGACGUGUCUGGCAGGCGGGCUUGCGACGAGGGCUCUGCUGUGGGCACAGACGUCUCACUCGGACGGAGAUGCACAAACUCAGAAGGCAUCUACACCAAAUGUGCUGCUCUCGCUGGGUUGUGACACUGAUCUCAGCCUCGAGGAUCCUGCUCGCUUCGAGCAGCUCAGCUACCACCGCCCAAGGCUGCAGACCGAUAUCUCCUGGUCGGACACUUCGGCUGAAAGCAUCGCAAAGUUGUUGGAUCGGGCGGAGUCCUACCUACAGGAGGCUUACUGUGCAGAGUCCAACUGGUUCAACAAGAUGAUUGAGAAGCUUUCCGGUUGA